AUGACAUCCCUGAGACCUUUCCAGGCCACUGAUCUAUUUGACCUGAAUGCAGUCAACCUUGAUCCACUGACUGAGAACUUCAACAUUGGUUUCUACCUCGAAUACCUAACGACAUGGCCUUCGUUAUUCUUCAAGAGCGUGGAGGUUGGUGACGUGAACAGCGGAUACAUGAUGGGAAAGACAGAGGGUAAAGGUGAUCUAUGGCACACCCACAUCACCGCUGUGACGGUGAAUGUUCACUACAGACGACUAGGGCUGGCCUCGUUCCUGUGUGAUAAUCUUGAGUACAUCACCGAUGCCCCUCCUCACGAGACAAACUUCAUCGAUCUCUUCGUCAAGGUGACCAAUUCACUGGCCAUCGGGAUGUACGAGAAGCUGGGAUAUUCUGUAUAUAGACGUGUUGUUGGUUAUUACGGUAAUGGUAGUUGGGUGCCAAACACCAAGAUGGUGAACGACGAUAAGGAUGCCUUCGACAUGCGUAAAGGCAUGGCGAGGGACAAAGGAAGAAGUACGAGACCAGAUGGUCGGGAACACAGGUGUUUACCACACGAUGUGACGUUUUAG